UCACAUACGAUUUGGUCUCAAGCCGUAGUUGUUCGAGAACCGCUCUCCUAAGACGCGACCUGACCAACGGGUCUGAAAUCAAAAUCAUUACCAAGUCGUUAUUAGGUACAUACCAGUGACCAGUCUUCGAUUCAGAAUUCUAUCGGUUGUACCAAGAAGCGAGACCAUGCCAUCGGGCCAGCUCAUGUGAGACGUGAUCGCCUAGAAAUUCUCAGCACUAAAAGUAGGUGCGGGACCGUAUGAAGGUGUUAGUGUCAGUUGAAUUUAUCGUACAGAGACGAUUCGAUCAUUUGUAAUGGUCUAAUAAUUGACGAAUUCGUUCUAGUGUUAUGUGUGUUGUUUUGAGCGUGAGAAACCUCUGGAUUUUUAUGGAAUAUCUUGAUCGUUUCUGAAGAAAAUGGAUGAGCAGACGGCUUUCGUCUUAGCACUACAGAUUCUAGCACUUUUUUCAAUUGCUGGAGCCCUUUUGCUGUAUCUCAUAUGCAAAAUACAGAAGACGGACUCAGUCACCUUGGAAAAUAUUCCUGGAGCCAGCAAACCUAUUCUAGUCACAUGUGCAGAUAAUGCUAUAGGAUUACAAAUAUCUAUCCAUUUGGCCAACAGAGGCUUCAGGGUCUUCAGUGGCCUUAAGGAGGGUGCUGGCACAGGCUCAUCAGAAGAUUCAGUUGCCGCCAGAGUGAUAAGAUCAUGGCAAAAGAACAGAGAGAGUCAAAACGGCAUAGUUCGUGGCUCCAUUGUUGCGUUACCACUUGAUGUAAAUCGAGAAGAUCUGAUACAUGAGGCAGCUGAUAUCAUCCGGGCACAUUUGCCGGCCGGAGAGGAUGGUCUCUGGGCGGUGAUCAACACAACGGGUCUCAUCUACAGAGGUCGUUUAGAUCAACAAGAUAUAAGCCACUGGGAAGCAAUGUUCAAAACCAAUUUAGUAGGGGUUCUGAGGACGUCAAGAGCUUUUCAAGGUCUACUGCGAAACACUUCCGGUAGAAUCAUCACAAUUGGACCUGAAGAAUGUACGGAUGGCGGAUUCGUGGCUUAUGCAGCAACAAGAUACGCUGUUCUGGGAGCCACCGAUGCAUUGAGGAAGGAGUUGGCACCAACGGGAAUCAAGGUCAUCUCCUUGGAGCCUAAAGGCUUCCAUACGGAGGAUCUUUAUGUUAUUCCGAAACCCAGAAAAAAUAGUGAACAAACGGAGAUAUCGGUCGAUAUCAAUGGAUGCUUGGAAUAUUAUCCGAAGGCAUUACCGUCAUAUUCCCUUCAAAUAUUGGACGUAUGCUUGACAACAAGAAAUCCUAAGCCGAGUUACUCCUUGGCUUAUAAAUACCAUUGGUUGAAAACAUUGCAGUCAAUCACUGUAUAGAUUAUUGGGACAAUUAUAACGGAUGAGGAGAAGACUGUCUCAUUGAGAUAUCGAGUUUAAUGAAGUGAAAAAUCUCCACAAGAUCCAUUAUUCGAGUAAACAUUCCGACCUGCUCA